AUGAUCGUAGUAAGAACGGUCGACAAGAGGAAAGAGAAAACAGUAGACAAGAUUGCAUUUAUAGGCUCUACGGCGACAGCUAGACAGAUCAUGAAGUCUGCAGCAAACACGCUGAAGAAUGUUACCCUCAAGACUGGAAGAAUGAUCCUACUCUUGAUUUUCGAGGACGCCGAAAUGGAGCAAGCAUUUAAAUGGAGUCACUUUGGCAUCAUGAGCAAUCAAGGCCAGAUCUGCAUAGCGACCAGCCGCAUCAUGGUUCAUUCUUCUAUCCACUCUAAGUUUGUGUCGGCAUUCGUCGAGCACUUGGAGAAGACAAGUAUCCUUAGCGAUCCGUUCGAUGAGAAGACCUACCAAGACGAGGGUGCGAACCUCAUCUAUGGCAACUCCCCUCCAGAGCAAAGCAAAGGAUACUUCAUCACCCCUUGUGUCUUCACAGAUGUGACGCCUGGUAUGUCCAUCUAUCGGGAGGAGGUAUUCGGGCCUGUCGUGGUGAUUACGUCCUUCGAAAACGAACAAGAAGCCAUUGACGCGGCAAACGACACGACAUAUGGCUUGGGAGCAGCGGAUAUCGAGGCAGGCAUGGUGUGGGUGAAUAGCAGUCAAGACUGUGACCCGCGUGUACCGUUCGGUGGUGUGAAGCAAAGCGGCAUUGGUAGGGAACUUGGACAGGCAGGUUUGGAAGCAUAUAGCCAGAUCAAGGCUGUGCACAUCAAUAUGGGCAACAGGCUAUGA